AUGCGUGUACUCAUCAUAUCUCUACUCGUUGCCGUAGCCAGUGCUGCUUCUCUGGCGCCUAUUUACAAGGCCAGGGACCCAAUUGAAAACAGUUACUUAGUGAAAAUUAAGACUCAAUCAUUUUAUGUCAUAGGAUGUGAUGCCAUUACAAAUGGAGGCUCUAAGCCUGACGUUGCUUCACUGUCACUUGGCGGCGGUCCAAAUGUUGCUACGGAUGCGGCUAUAGAGCGACUGAUGGCUGCUGGAUACACUGUAUCAAUAGCUGCCGGCAAUGCCAAUGAAGAUGCAUGCAAUGGCUCACCAGGUAUAGUGGAAGCUGCUUUGACAGUUGGUGCCACUGAGAGCAAUGACCAACGUGCAUCAUAUUCUAACUAUGGUACAUGUCUUGAUAUCUUUGCGCCUGGAAGUGAUGUUAGAAGUUCUUACCAUCGCAGUGACAGUUCGUACGCAGUUCUCAGCGGAACUUCAAUGGCAUGCCCACACGUAACAGGUGUUGCUGCUGUUCACCUGGGUGCUGGUACUUGUAGUAAUAACGAUGCAUGCAAAAACAAAAUACUCGCAGAUGCAACUGAGGGAGUGGUCGGUAAUCCAGGAUUUGGAUCCCCUAAUCUCCUGUUGUAUUGUGAUUAAAAGAAUUGCGUUUAACGGAGCCGAUAAUUCGACUAUGUCGUUUAUAUUUCCAAUGGUAUCAAUUUAUUUACCUAGUUUAUCUCUGAUUAUAAUACAUUAUUAUACCAACACAUUAAAACGUAUAAAAA